GUUGUUCUUGUCCCCCCACCUACGGAGAAAACAGAAAAUCAUAAAACGGAGCCUACAUCUUGGCAAUGUUCAUAUUUGGCGGCACGACAGUAUGGGAUCGGAGAACCAUCUCGAGUUAACUGCACUGCAGGCUGGUUUUUCUCCAAAGACAAUCAAGCUUUGGCUUCCUCCGGAGAAGAUUUACUGGUUCCUUCUUCCACCUUGGCUUCUGGUUUCUCGACUUCAUCUUCUUCAUCAUCAUCGUCGUCGUCAUCUGCUCUCCUUCUGGCAUGUUGAAAUCUCCCAUAUCCGGCAUCCCACCCAUGCCUGGCAUUCCUCCCAUGCCCGGCAUCCCACCCAUGCCCGGCAUUCCUCCCAUGCCACCCAUGCCCGGCAUGCCUCCUCCCAUGCC